UUCGUAUCUGAAAAACUCAACGUCCUCUUCCUCAGUCAUUUCACUUCAGUUCCAGUAUCCGUAAAGCUCCGACAGACGGCGAAACUGGGAACAUACGAUCAACAAUGGCGGGAACUUCACGGGGAAGUACUCGGAGCAGAGCUUCGAAAUCUUCCACCGAAAAUCCCCAAAUCCGUAAUCCUAAUCAGAUUCUACGGAAGGAUAAAACUAGAAAUAACAGCUUAAUUCACAUUUUCAGCGUCAACCUCAAAUUCCUUAUAGGGUUUGGAAUUAUUGCCUUUGCGAUCGCACUUUUUUUCAUUUAUACACUCAUUAAUCCCAUGGAGAAACCUCAAAAACCAAGAGUCAUCACUCCACUUCCAGCUCCAAAACUAAUGGAUCUUCCAAUGUUUCAAGGAGAGCAUAGAGAGAGCUUGUACUGGGGUACAUACAGGCCUCAGGUUUAUUUUGGAGUUCGUGCAAGGACUCCGCAAUCAUUGGUUGCUGGCUUAAUGUGGCUUGGAGUCAAGAAUGAGAGGUAUUUCAUGCGUCAUGUAUGCCAAGAUUCAGAUGAGUUGAAACAAUAUGGCUGGACUAGUCAUAAUGGACGGGAUUAUGGACAUCAGGUUCUGAGUGAACAGACAAUGACCUUGACUACUAGUUUUCUGAAAUCCAAGGAUCAUGGUAGUGGCUAUGGUGGAGACUGGGCUGUUCGAAUUGGAGUGCAGAGCGAUGAAUCUGUCCCUGAUGAAGAAAUGUUAAAAACCGCACACUUGUUUUUUUAUGUGGCUGAUGAAGGCGGGAAAAGUCUUACUUUGGGUAGCAGAGUCUUCGAUAUUCAUGGUGAUUCUAUUUUGGCGUCAGGAUCACGUAGUGACAUUGGAGACUGGCAGCUUCACUUAUUUUCAGAGGAUGUAUCUGGAGUACAUUAUUCUGGUUUCAAGACACCUCACAUUCACAAUCUCUCUGAUCUAGUCCAGGCAAAUUUGGCAGUCCAAGCAAGACAAUUUGGCCAUUUACAGCUUUCGGACUCAUCUGAUGAUUCUCCCAACAUUUUAGUAUUUCAGAUUUCUGCUAGGAUUCCUUUCAAAGCAGACAUUGUUUUUCUUUCUGGAACCAGUACUCGUGAUUCAAGAGUUGAAGAACGGGCCAGCAGGCUGACAGGUACUUCACUGACUAGUUUAUUCUCUGAGAAGCAAAAGGAGUUCGACAAUAAGUUUAAGAAAAGCUUUAUCCUAUCUGAUGAGCUUGGUUUGGAGCCUGUGACUGUUGGUAAGGCUGCUCUUGGAAACAUGUUGGGUGGGAUUGGAUACUUCUAUGGCCAGUCAAAGAUUUCACUUCCAUCAACCUCCACACCUAAUGCUGGAGAUAAUUCUGCCCUAUACUGGCCUGCUGAGCUAUAUACAGCAGUUCCAAGUCGGCCCUUCUUCCCAAGGGGCUUCCUAUGGGACGAAGGUUUUCAUCAACUGCUAAUUUGGCGUUGGGAUGUAUACAUUAGCUUAGAUAUCAUUGGACAUUGGCUAGAUCUUAUGAAUAUUGAUGGAUGGAUUCCGCGCGAGCUAAUCUUAGGUGCUGAAGCAUUGAGUAAGGUCCCAGAAGAAUUUGUUCUUCAGCAUCCAACUAAUGGAAACCCACCGACACUGUUUUUGGCCUUGCGAGAUCUGAUCUCCAAGCUGAAGAAAGAAAAGUUUGCUGCAACUGAGGCCAGGGAUAUCUCUGUCUUCUUGGAUCGGGCAUUUGUCCGCCUUGAAGCAUGGUUCAAAUGGUUUAACACAACUCAAGCCGGAAAGGAAAUGGGUAGCUAUUACUGGCAUGGAAGAGAUACUGCAACGACCCGUGAACUAAAUCCUAAGACCUUAUCUUCUGGAUUGGAUGAUUAUCCACGUGCAUCUCACCCAAGUGAAGAUGAACGUCACGUGGAUCUUAGAUGCUGGAUGCAUCUUGCAGCAGAUUCCAUGCACUCAAUAGCAGAGCUUCUGAAGAUGGAUAAAGAUAUCAAAAAGGAGUAUAGUUCAACUGCAAAGCUUCUCUCAGAUUUUGAACUUCUUAACAAGAUGCACUUAGACACUGCAAAUGGAGCUUAUUGUGAUUAUGGAAAUCAUACAGAGAAGGUUCAAUUAACUUGGAAAAUAGUGGAGACUGGAAGCAACUACCCAAGGCGAGAGUUCGUACGAGAAGUCCUAGAGAAACCUGUUCUACAACUGGUUCCUCAUCUUGGUUAUGUUAGCCUUUUCCCAUUUAUCCUCAGGCUUAUUCCACCUGACUCACAGAUACUUGAGAGUCAGCUUGACCUCAUCUCCAAUAAGAGCAUUUUGUGGACUGAUUUUGGGCUGAGAUCCCUACCAAAAACAAGGUGAUGCAGUUUCUGAUAUAUGUGCUCACUAUACUAGUGUAUUACUAUGAUACUAUCUAUUCGUAGUUUCUUCAUUAAGAACAUCUAAAGAAAUGUUACUUCUCUGUUUUCUUUGGGUUGUGCCAGCUCCAUGUAUAUGAAACGUAAUACGGAGCAUGAUGCUCCAUAUUGGAGAGGGCCUAUCUGGAUACCCUUGAAUUAUUUGAUUGUUUCGUCUCUUCAUCACUACUCUCAAGGUAAGUUUUCACCCUUGAUCCUUCCUGAGAUCCUUAUGUUAAUUUAUUUUUGUUUCAACUUUUGAAGUGCCUGGACCAUACAGAGAAAGAGCCAAAACCGUCUAUAAUGAAUUGAGGAGCAAUUUGAUAAGAAAUAUCGUUGGGAACUAUAAACGGACAGGGUACCUGUGGGAACAAUAUGACCAGAAGAAAGGUAAAGGGAAAGGUGCACGCCUGUUUACUGGAUGGACAGCAACUGUGCUAUUGAUCAUGGCAGAAGCUUACCAUGAAGUUUAGUAUCAUGUUGCAAAAGCAAUCAUUUUUGACAUAUUGAAUUCAGACGUAUACAACUACUAGAUAAUGCAUCUCCAAAAAAAUAAAUACAUUUUACUAAAGAUUUGAAGGUAACUUCUUCUAUUCCCUCAAGAGUUAUGUUGACAUAUUGCAAAUGUGAAACUGGGAAGAGCAAUACUCGCCAUGAUGUGCUGAUUUAGUUCAUCUUACGUAAUUUAUUCAGUAUGGUGAGGAUUCAUCAUCAAUUGAAAAAAUUACAUAGUAAGGCAAACAUGUUAUAUGUAUUUACUAUACACAAUUAUAGUUUAUUAGAGUGAGUUAGGGUUUUAUAGUAAUUUUUUAGCUCA